CGCGUGAAUUCAAUGCAUCGUGAAUGAAAUUGUUAUGGUAACUAAAAGUUCACGUGUCGCUAAUAUUUCUUUUUGAUAAACAUAAACUACAUUAACAAGAGAAAUGUCGCAACCAACCGUUCCCACAAAGCCCCCUGGGAAAACAUGGCGAGAAAUAAACCAGGAAAGGAAAGCUUCUAAGCGCCAGCGCAACGAGGAAAAGAUAGUGAAGCGAGAAAAGCGUCUAGCAUUGGAGAAGCAGGCCGAAGAAAAAGUGAGAGAAGAACACGAAAAAAAGAAGAAAUACGCUCAAAUAUCUACAAUGAGCAUAGCGGUGCCAGGUUCUAUUAUGGAAAAUGCUCAGUCGGCCGAAUUGCGAACUUAUCUGGCUGGACAGAUCGCAAGAGCGGCAUGCGUGUUCUGCAUUGACGAAGUUAUAGUAUACGACGACAUCGGGGACAAGAUUGACACAAAGAAGUCUAAAGUUGAAGAUUUGGAUGGUGUCAAAGUGGCUCGCAGGAGUUGUGUGCAACUAGCACGGAUUUUGCAGUACUUGGAGUGUCCUCAAUAUUUGCGGAAACAUUUCUUUCCACUCCAUAAGGAUUUGGAAUUUGCUGGGUUGCUCAAUCCUUUGGAUGCACCACAUCAUUUACGGUCAUCAAAUGACUUUACAUUCAGGGAAGGUAUAACUAUGAACAAACCAGUAAAACCAGGGAAAGGUUCUCAAGUCAAUGUUGGAUUGCUUAAAGAUAUAUCCGUUGAUGAGUUGUUGAACCCAGGUAUCCGAGUGACUGUGCGGAUGCUGCCGGAAGGAGGCAAGAAGCUGAAGGGGAAAAUUGUGAGUCUUUCCACUCCGAGGGCUGAGACUGGAGUGUAUUGGGGCUACACAGUGCGGAUUGCACAGAAUCUUAGUCAAGUGUUCUCACAAAGCCCUUACAAAGAUGGAUAUGACCUGACAAUAGGAACAUCAGACAGAGGAGAAUCAAUUGAUAAUAUUCCCAACAAGGAGCUAAAAUACAACCAUGCACUAGUAGUAUUUGGAGGACUGCAUGGUGUUGAGGCAGCAUUAGAAAGUGACGAACAGAUGCAAGUGGAUGAUGCCAGUUUACUAUUCGACCAUUACCUCAAUGUCCUACCCAACCAGGGCUCCAGAACCAUCAGAACUGAAGAAGCUAUUUUAGUCACACUUUCAGGAUUACGGAGCAAGUUACAAGCUAUGAAUGAACCCAUAGUGUUUAAAGGGGAAGGUGUUGCUACCAGUUCUAUAUUUCCAGCUCCAAAGGUAGAAGCUACACAAAAUGAUGCUUUAAGCAGAUUUGAUUAAAAAUGUAUGU